AAAAAAAGAUAUUCUAUUACCCUAUAUAUUCAUGUGUUACAACUUUGAGAACGCGUAAUCGUAUCGAGAAGAAGCUUCAGCACCAGAAGCCGUUUCGUCUCAAAAUCUCUCUCGGUUCUUUAAUUCUCUUUCUCGACGGUAAGGCCUUUCUUUACCUUUGAAAAUAUUCAGGAAGAUCUGCACAAAUCGACGUCUAGGGUUUGGCUUCUCGAUUUGUUUUUUUUUUUUGCUUGAUCUUCGAUUUGUGGUUGGUUUUAAUUUUUACUUGAUUGAUCGAUCUUUUUUCUUACCUUACGUUCCAUAAUCCAAUCUUGUGUUCGGUAUUACAUGUUAUCUGUGUGCUGAUUCAAGAAAAAAGAAAAAAAAAGUGUUAAAUUCUGGAUAAUUGAUUUGGGGUUUAGGGUUUCGAAGAAAUUUGGGAUUUUUUUUUUCUUUUUCAAAAUUGUGUUGAGAAUUUUGUGGUGUUCGGUAAUAUGGCGACAGGAGGAGUUGAUCUAUUGAGAAGAAGGGAUUUUCGCAGUUCUGAAAAAGAGUUUAAUCAUGGAAAUGAUGGUUCGCUUGUUGUGGAUGCGAGUCGAGUUCGUGGUUAUCGCUGUAGGCGUGAGAAUGGUUCUGUUUCGGGUUCUAGACGUAGUGGGUUUUGUGGUAGGGAGGCGUGGACUAAUAGUGGUGAAGCCUCAAAGGUUGAAGAUGUAGAUGUAGUUCAGGUCCCUCCUGAGAAUAAAAGAAAAAUUUCCCCUAUCAUAUGGGAUAGAGAGGAGGAUAGGAAAGUUUCUUUUAAGAAAAGAGUCCUACCAGCUACUCCUGGACAUGAGAGUGUGGUUAAAUCAGUUUGCCAAGUAUCCGAAGUUGUUUCAAAAUGCGAGGCUUCUGAAAUAGACAAGAAGGUGGAGCUCUCAACACAGGUUGAGGCUGCCGCAGCUGAUGAUUUGGUGGAACCUUUUCUGCCCAAGAUCUCAGGUGGUUUUUCUUCUGAAGAAUUGAUUCAUCAGUAUGGAGGUGUUCACCAGCAAGAUCAAGUGAAGGAAGAUGUUAAAAUUGAGACUCGAAACAUUUUAACGUCGAGGUGGGCAUCUGAAGGAGAUUCUCCGCAGCAUGUUUCUGAUGAUGUUUGGAAUGCUGAUAGUAGGAGGAGCUCAACCCCUGAAAGUGGGGAGUUUCAAAGAGAAGACUCAGCAGGUUAUAGGUCUGCAAUUUCUUGCUCAGAUGAUGAAGAUGGUUUCCAUAUUGGAUCUGGAAGUGGCAGUAGGUGUUCUGGUAGUGGAAGUAGAAGCAGAUCUUCUAAAAGAGAGCCAUCUUUGGAUUUUAUGGAUGGUUAUGACAGUAGGGAUGCCAGAACAAACCAGGUUUAUUGUGGUGAAGAGGAUGAUGAUGAGCUUUUACAGAUUGAAGAACCUGCAGCAUCUACCAGUCACCGUGUUAACAUGCUCCAGGGUUGCAGAAGUGUGUUUGAGUAUGAAAAACUUAACAAAAUUAAUGAAGGAACAUAUGGUAUUGUGUAUAAAGCCAAAGAUAAGAAAAGUGGAGAAAUCGUGGCUUUAAAGAAGGUGAAGAUGGAUGUAAACAAGGAUGAUGGGUUUCCUUUGUCAUCUUUGAGGGAAAUCAACAUUCUUUCAUCGUUUAGUCAUCCUUCAAUUGUCAAUGUGAAGGAAGUUGUGAUGGAUGAUGAUGAUGGAGUUUAUAUGGCUAUGGAGUAUAUGGAAUAUGACCUCAAGGGGCUAAUGGAGACUAUGAAAGAGCCAUUCAGUGUUAGCGAAGUUAAAUCGUUGAUGCUCCAACUGCUAGAGGGUGUGAAAUAUCUUCAUGACAAUUGGGUGCUUCACCGAGAUCUUAAAACAUCAAAUAUUCUUAUCAAUAAGGAUGGUGAGUUGAAGAUAUGCGACUUUGGGUUAUCACGGCAGUAUGGUAGUCCACGAAAGCCGUAUACUCCUUUAGUGGUGACUCUGUGGUACAGGGCUCCUGAGCUUCUUCUUGGAACCAAAGAAUACUCGACAGCUAUUGAUAUGUGGUCAGUUGGGUGUAUAAUGGCUGAGUUGGUAGCUAAGGAACCCCUAUUUAGAGGGAAAACUGAAGUCGAGCAGAUUGAUAAGAUUUUCAGGACUCUUGGCACACCAAAUGAGACAAUUUGGCCUGGGUUUUCCAAGUUGCCGGGUUCCAAAGCCAAAUUUGUUAAAAAUCCGUACAACCUAUUGCGUAGGAAAUUUCCUGCCACAUCUUUCAUAGGUUCUCCAGUUCUUACCGAUUCAGGAUUUGACUUGUUGAGCAAACUUCUAGCCUAUGACCCCGAGAAGCGAAUAACAGCGGAGGAGGCACUAAAUCACAGAUGGUUUGUUGAGGCUCCUCUCCCCAGAUCUGAUUUCAAGCCUUCUCUUCCAGUGCUACAGGGUAAAAACAGGUACCCAGGCAGCAGGCUGCGUGAAAAAUUUUCACAUCUAUAAUCCUGACAAAAAGGGAUCUUCUAAUUUUUAAUUUUUUAUUUGAAAAAGACCAAAUAUUUGACUGGUCACUUGAGAAGAACUAACAGGCAUCUAGAUACAUAGCAACAAGCAACAAAAGGGGUAAUGGUAAUGCAAGGAUUUUAUAUUUGUUUUGAUUAUCUUAUUCAGUCGAUCUGCAGUUUUUUAAACUGUGAGUGUCAGUGCCACGAAGCAGUCCGCAGUUGUAGCAGUUGCUCCAUGUGAAUGUUUGGAACAAUUUACUCAGGUGGAAUGAUAGUUAUUGAUAUUUUAUUUUUAAAAUGUAUAAUAUUUUCUCUUGUAAAGUUCUCGACUAUGAAAGUAAUGAAGAUUAUGAAUUUUACUGCAUCUA